GAGAAGCAGAUCUAAAGGAUUUUAUCGAAAAUUGGAUUAAGGCUGGUUUUGGCAACGAGAAAACUGUGAGGUCUAUAUGUACGUGCAAGUCCUCUUCUUUCCCUCUCUCGAAGUUCUGCUUUGGUUCUUCUUCCUACCAUGGCGCUCGCCGGAAGUGUAGGUCCUCUGCCCUGCCGCUUGCCUUUGAAUUCACGGUCGCCGGCGAUCAACCGACCUAUUCUUGCCUUACCCAAGAAGACCAGCGGGGGCUGCCGCAAGAAGUUUCUUUGUGUUCGAUUCAGUGCUUCUUCAGCAACUCCCACAGCUGGAAGCAUUGCACCAGCCAUUUCAUUGUCUGACAAGGCAUUCAACCAUCUUAAUAAGAUGAGAGUUGAUAAGAAUGAAGAUCUGUGCUUGAGAAUUGGAGUCAAACAAGGAGGGUGUUCUGGCAUGUCUUAUACCAUGGAAUUCGAGAAUAGAGCCAAUACAAGAUCCGAGGACUCGCUUAUAGAGUAUAAAGGCUUUACAAUUGUAUGUGAUCCAAAGAGCCUUCUCUAUGUAUAUGGAAUGCAAUUAGACUUCAGUGAUGCACUAAUUGGAGGUGGAUUUUCAUUUAAGAACCCCAACGCAACAAAAACUUGUGGCUGUGGGAAAUCCUUUGCUGCUGCUGGCGAAAAUGUAGAGCUAACAGAGAACUCUAACCAUUGUGGUUCAUAAAGCCCAUUUUGUAUAUGUAAAGAACAAAAGAAAGAUUAAGAUGUGCUUUAUAUCCAGCUAUUGCAUGUAUGUUUGGAAAUUUGAUUCCUGUAUACUAACUAUACAACACUGUUAAGUCUGUUUUGAAAUUUGUUUUUAUGAAAUUUUAUAGUAUGAAAAAGCUUGUUAUUCGUCGA